AUGGACUCUAUCUCACCAAUCGUUCAAAAGGAAAAGACGAGGAAGCAACUAGCAGAGGAACGGAGAAAUAAUGCAUUCAUUGCAGCAGUUGGAGAUAUCAAGGAGGAGCUGAUUCAGAGAGGAUUCGGAAAAGAAGAAGACCUCGGAUCGCAACCAGCUGUCCUCAUGUGCGUUGCAGAGACUCUAAACCAAGUCGACCUAAAGUCCAAGUACCCAGUUGAAGCCCGGCGGAAAAGUGAAGGUGGAAAGAUGCCAAGAGAGAAGGAAAAGAUGGUAAAGGCGACAAGAGAGCAGAUGAGAAGGAACAAGAAGAACGCUGCCAUCGAAAGUCUGAGAGAGUUCAUCAAUCGGAAAGAACUUGGAGAUAAACCUUCUAAAAGAUUGGAGCAGCUCGAAGUACUGAAUACCAUUUUGGAGCAUCUGCGAACUCUCCCAGCCAAUAGUAUUGUCACACCACCUACAGUCCAGCAACCAUUCGGACAGUUUUCUUCUUCAAUCGCACCGUCGCCGACAUCUUUCUUCCAGCCGCGCCGAGCUACCGGUGCAUUUGAUAUUGAUUCGUUGCUACAAAAACUCGCCCCGACUGCUCCUCCACAAUCACCAGGUGGUCUUCCAACACUGGUUCCAACUCCACCAUUCGUUCAUCAGGAUCCAGUCUCAUCACCAGUCGGACUUACCUCUCCAAAGCUCCCAGAUGUUUUUCCAACUCUACCACAGGUCCCACUGUUCAACUUCUCAUUGCCUGCACCUCUUUUUCCAAUGAUGCCACUCAUGGACCCUGUCAGAAUUCAGAUGCAAGUCCAAUUGAUGAGAAAUCAGAAUAUGCUUCAAAAUCUGAUGAACCCGAUUCAGACAGUCAUGCAAACCGUACAACAAGCACGUCUCACCACAAAACCUCCAUCACUUCCACCUCCCACUGCUAUCCCUCAAGUCUGUCGUCCUCCACCAGCCAAAGCUAAAGGAAUUCUAAGGCAUCGCACCGUGGCACCUGUUUCGGAACCAAAAGUUGAUUUGGACGUUGAUCCGAAGACGACGGAGUAUUUAUCAAAAUUCUUCGCAAGCACUGGAGUCCCGUUCGAUACAAUUCACUCUUCAUCGUUCCGAGAGCUUGUCAGACAUCUCAAUCCGAAUUGUGCUCUGCCAGAGGAAGAUUUGAUGUUCAAAUAUGUGGAAAAGCAGAAUUCAUUAACAAAGCCGCUUGUCAACUUCCAGAAGACCGUCGGUCCAUUAGGAGUGACGAUAGAUGUGGCUGGAAAUGCAGAUGAAAAGUAUCUCGUCUUUUCUAUUCACUAUUUUGAUGACUUGUAUGAAAGGAAGAACAUCGUGUACUUGAGAAAACUAUUGUUAAGCGAAGUCGACUCGGAAGGCCUUCUCAUCUCGAUCCGUCGCGCCGUCAACAACCAGACCUAUUCGAAUGUGAAGUUCUCGAGUGUUGUGUGUCCCAACUAUCAAAUCUACAAUUUGAUAUCGAACAGUGGAGUCAUCAAAAGAUAUCACAUUUGUUUCUAUAAUUAUAUUUCGAUGUUUAUUGCUGAUCUCAUGGAGAUUGAUGAAUUUUGGGAUGGACUCACUUCGUUGAGAAAAUUCGUUCGAUAUGUGAAAAGUGAUCCCGAGUUGUACGGCAGAUUUAGAAGAAUGCAGCUCUCGAAAAAGGCCGAUUUGGACCUUCCAAUUAUCGAUGAGGGGCCAUGGGAGAACACUUUUGUCUUCUUAACAAGAUGUCUUGUAUUGCAUGACACACUGACCGAGUACUUCGAGCGGUUCCAACAAACGUCUUAUAUAAACAACUCUGCAUUUAAUCAUCUCAUAUAUCUUCAACGAUUAAUGCAACAGUGCCUGAAGUAUUGUCGAGAGUUGAGCUCCUCAAACAACACAAUCUCACAAAUCAUCCCAGCUGUUGAAGGACUCCGUCAAUAUAUCCAAACACAUGAUAUGGGCUAUCGAUUCCAGAAGACUAUCGAGAAUUCGUUGAACAAUUGCCUCGGUUACCUCAAUCAGAUUCAUGUCCGUUCGAGAUACGAGAUGGCGACACUUAUGGAUCCACGUUAUGCUUAUCGUGAUAUCUUCCCUCCGUUGAAGUGGAAACAGAUUGAAAUUCGAGUCGCUGAGGAGUUUGUGAACAUGGACGCUAGCGCUGAGAAGAGUUUCUAUCAAGAUAUCUCCCAGAUGACUUCAAUUGAGCGUCGCAAUAUUAUUAUGAAUGAAUUUGUACACUAUCGACAAGUGUCGUUUGUGGAGCGUCCCGAAGAGUGGGAUAGUCCGUUCUACUGGUGGGGAAGUCGUCAAUUGCAUAUGGAACAUUUGGCAGUGUUGGCUAGAGAGAUAGUGGCAACACCAGCGACGUCUAUCGAUGCGUCUCACUUCUUUUCUAGCGGCGGAAAGUUCCAGCAUCUCUGCAAGAAGUAUUCAUCCGGUCGCUUAGAAGAUUGUCUCUCGGUUGCUGGUAUCAAUCAGGAAUUCCGUGGAAGAGGAGCUACUGUGGAGACUAUGACGGAGUCGAUGUUGGAGAGUCUUAACAGUACUGCAAAACGACUUCGCUGCACUCAUUUAAGCGAUAUUUCUGGACUACCGUACCCGCCACUACCGACGAUGGCUACGAAUGGAUAUGAAAUAGAAGAGAAGCCACAGCAUCUUCUCGAUGCUCCGCUUCAAAUGGGAAUGAUUCCACAACAUCGAAAAGUCAAACCGAUCACCGGGCGACCGAUUUAUUCGAGUGGAAUAGAUCUGAAUAAUGUACCAAAAGCUAUCCGAAUUAUACAAGCUCCAUUGCAGGGAAAGGGAAAGGUGAAAGCACCGGUUCCACCGGGUACUGUCAUCUACCCGCGGGAGGAGCAGAAACCAGUAGAAUUACUCGAGAAGGAAGUGAAAGAGGAACCAGUUAUAGAGAAAGUGGUGAAAGAAGAGCCGUUAGAGGAAGAAUCGCCACCGAAAAACAUUCUGGAAUUCCACCAGAAUCCAUCACCUCCACCUCCAAUGACAGCGCCAAUGUCCCAACAACAAACGAGAAAUGUUACUCAAGGCGUUCAGAGAACAAUUAUUAAUCGAGCUCCGCCACCACAAUACAUUGCCUCGCAUGACUUUGUGGAAAAGUUCGCUGAACAAGAGAAGUUUGUCAUCAAGAAUGCGCAGAAAUAUCCGCCUCCAGUUGGUAUCAGAAGUAACAUUCCGACACCUUCAUUGAAUCCUCCGGAGGAAGUGAAAUUCGAAGAUGAAGUGUUCACUGGACGAGAUGGAGACGAUUAUAACGAGAUUUACCUCCAGGCAGUAGAAAUUGCUCGCGCGACAAAAGCUGAGUUGCGUCGACAGAAACGUUGCAAUCGUCAUUGUGCUGUAUGUGGACACUUGCAAUGUCAAGAAGACCUGAAGAAUGUCACGAUUGACUCCGAGAAGCUGCUAAUAAUGCUCGGUUGUUUAUAUCGUCAAGAAUAUACACUCGAAAAGGCGCAAGAGUUCAUGGCGAAAGAGACAAAAACAUAUGUGUGUCGUGUUCAUUUUGCAGAGACACUUGAUGAAAUAUACUCGAUGCUGAGACUUUCGCGUCCGGAGGAUAUAUUCAAUUGCACAUUGUUUCAGAUUCAGAACGUUCUGAGCACAAUCACUGCUCUACGACCACAUAUUAGUCUUAAACAGUUUAUGUUGAUACUUUACAACUUUGCUGAUCGAUACAGGCAUUUGGUGGAGACGAAAUACGAUAUGAUUGGUGUCAACAAUUCUCGUUAUACUCAAUCGGAGGAGGGGAACGAUGUCGACGACGAGGAGAUAAUUCCGAAAGAAUAUCGUCAGCCACGGAAACAAGUGCUCGAAGCGGAUCAACACGAUGGAACUGUCAAAGUGAUUGAACAAGAGAACUUCAAACUUCCCACAGCCAAACCAUCAGAACACGGAGAUUGGGAUAAUGUGUGCUGCUUGUGUUCGAAAAGUGGAGCACGUAAUGGAAUGUUGAGAGUUCCACGAGGAGAGGAUCGAUUGGCGAGAUGGAUCGAAAAGUUGGGAUCUGAAUUCGAGCAAAGAUUGAAAUCGGAUGGCGAGAAUCUGAUUUGUCGUCAACACUUCCCGGAGGCUGCAUUCAGCCGUGGACGUCUUCUGAAAGGAAUGAUUCCGGAUGCUGUGUCAGAGAAAGUAGAAGUCACCUAUCGAAUUCACGGAAACAACUUCUUGAAGUUGAACGAGCAGAAGUCGGGAACCGAUAAGAAUGCUCGGAUCGAUUUGGAGAAUACGGAGGAUACCAGAAUACGUGAAAUGCUUGCUCACGAUCAUGACUACACUCCAGAACCAUCGACAUCAUCAGCUAGAAGCACAUACAAACGACGUGCCGAGUCGUCGUCUUCAUCAGAGGACGUGGAAGACUAUGGAGAGCCAGCAACUAGGAUGCCACGUCGACAAGCGAAAGUGGCGUCGUCCUAUGAGGGAGACUACGUAUACGAUAAAAAGUAUGCUAGAGCAAGUUUCAAAAAGUAA